GCCUGGUUGUCUGGUAAUACAUCACUUCCAAAAGCAGAAAAGCAGAAAAGCAGCCCACAGGUGUGCUAGAGCUUCCGUACAAAAUAGUUAGUUCAUUGCCAGAAAAGAAGGAGUCGAGUCCACCAUGAAGGUCCUAUUCGAAGACGAGCCGUCUCCUGUCGCCACCCACGAGGAAGAAGAUGACAGAGAUGACAGUAGUGGCAUGGGUUUACAGGAAGACGACGACAAUGAGUCUGGUGUUUUGACGCGAGAAAGGAUUGCGCAGAGGGAAUCGCAAGCGGUCUUUUAUCUUCGCCUGAUGGUCAUGGCAGUGCUGGUGGCCUCGGCAGCGGCGGUGGUCGUGGUGACGUAUCUGUACAUGAGUGGUGCGGAACAAGACGAAUUCGAACAACGCUUCCACUCGGAUGCCGAUAAAGUGUUGGAAAGUGUGGGAAAGACGUGGGAUCAAGUACUGGGCGCCACGGACGUGUUUGUGCUGCAGCUCGUGGCGUAUGCACGGGUUUCCAAUAGCACCUGGCCCUUUAUCAAUAUGCCCAAUUACAAUCUCCAUGCGGGAAAGCUGUUGAAACUGAGCAAGGCAUUUGUGGCCCUUACGGGUGUCUUUGUGGAACCGGAACAACGAGAUGACUGGGAACUAUUUGCGAGUCAAAACUUGGAUUGGAUUGAAGAGGGAAAACGCAUUCAAGAAAUUGACCCGGAUUGGAACAAACCCACCGAUUUCAAUAAUACCAUACACUACAAACUAUGGGCCUUUGAGGGACAGACAGUUGGAGAACCGCAGCCUUACCUGAACAAUUACCUCCCCUUGUGGCAACAGCACCCGAUCAUUCCCGAAUUUGGACAACAACCCAUGGCCGUCAAUUGGGAUGCUUGGUUUCUGCCAGCAGCCUCCAAAGGAAUUGAGGCUGCGGCCAAGAACCAAGUCGCUGCAUUGGUUCCAGCCGGUAAUAUCGCCAUGAACCAAAGCAAUGACUUUGAAGUCUUCUUCAAGAAGUAUGCCGAUACGUUCACGGAACAAUACGUUGACUUGAAGGAAGGAGAAGCUAUUGGACCCGUCGGCACCAUGGCAUAUCCCAUCAUUGACUCGUUGGAUGCCAUUCGACUCAAUCGAACACAACUAGACAGUAAUAAAGUGGUGGGAAUGCAGCUUUUCUUCUUUCGAUGGAGAAACAUGCUCGUCGGCUUGCUACCAUCCGACUCACAGGGCAUUGUCGUGGUUGUCACCAAUCCCUGCAAGUAUCCAUUCACCUUUCAACUCGACGGCAACGAUGUCAUAUACCUAGGUCCCGGAGACCUACACGACACACAGUUCGACGACAAUCCACUCCUGAGUCAACACGUCUCGCUCUUUGACAUUAUGCAAUCCACAAAGGAAUCGGAAGAUGGAAGUGCCUACACGGGCGUGCCGCUGUCCACAUCGUAUUGUCCACAAACCAUUCAUAUCUAUCCUUCCCAAUCCAUGCAAGACAAAUAUGUGACCACCGAUCCACUCGUGUUUACGCUCGUAGCACUCUCCAUCUUUUUGUUUACAUCGACACUCUUUCUGGUGUACGAUUGCAUUGUCGCACGACGACAACGAAUCGUCAUGGAACAGGCCAUUGCAUCGGGAGCCAUUGUGAGCUCACUAUUCCCCGAAAAGGUCAAGAAUCAACUCUACAAGGAACAAAAACAGGAACACAAAAAGGAACAAUCCAUGAUGCACUUUUUGCAAAACCGUGAUGAUGAUGAUCAGGAUGGUGUUGCUCCUGGUUCCUCCAAACCCUUGGCCGAUCUAUUCCAUAAUACGACAAUCUUCAUGGCCGACCUAGCUGGUUUUACUGCUUGGAGCUCCAAGAGGACACCCUGUGAAGUGUUUGAAAUGCUGGAAGCACUGUAUGGCAGCUUCGAUAAGAUUGCCCGGCAACGCAAAGUGUUCAAAGUCGAGACAAUUGGAGAUUCCUACGUUGCUGUUACCGGCAUUCCCGAGCCUCAGGCACAACAUGCUGCCAUAAUGGUACGAUUCGCUCAAGACUGCAUUGCCAAGAUGAGGAUUGUUACCAAGGAACUGGCUGAACAUUUUGGAGAGGAUACCAUGGACUUGGAAAUGAGAGUCGGACUGAAUUCCGGUUCUACCACAGCGGGUGUGUUGCGAGGCGAGAAGGGUCGGUUCCAGCUGUUUGGCGAUACAAUCAAUGUGGCCAGUCGCAUGGAGUCCAACGGCGUCAAGGGGCGCAUACACGUUUCACAAGCAACAGCGGAUGCACUUAUUGCUGUAGGAAAAGGGCACUGGUUGACUCCUCGAGUUGAUAAGAUUGUGGCCAAAGGCAAAGGGGAAAUGCAGACCUACCUUGUGGAUGUUUCGCCAUCCAAGGCACUCAGUUCCGGUGGCACAUCGACAAUAUCACGGUCGUCGAAUAGUGGUGCAAGGUCGAAGGAGGAAGGAGUGUUGGCCGCGAGGCCGCCGAAGGAAUCCAGAACUGGGAACACAUUGAAUUUGGACUUCAAAGCGGAGAUGUGGGUGUAGUACUAACAGAUAGAAUGUAUAAGCCGUAUGGCAUGUCCUUGUACUCUUGCAUGCAGUGAUAUUAUCUAAGGGAUUCAUGUGGUUAGCUAGACUGGACUCCCUGCGAUGGUCGCUACCGUUGUAUCUCAGA